AAAAACCUUUGAAGUUGAACUCUCUCUUCUCCCUCCUUUCUCUCCCUCUCUCCCCUCUGUUUUCAUUUUCCCAAGUUUGUCUCUCUCUCUCUCUCUUACUGCCAUUGAUGACGCUUUCGUAGUUGGGAAGAGAGAGAAAAUUACAGAUUCUGACUGCAGAGAAUCUCUAAUUCGAUUCUUAUAGUAUUCUCUAACGUUAGAGAAAACAGAGAUAUUCACAAAUUAGUCCUCUACUUCACCGGAAAAUCUUUCAUAUCAAGAAAUUUUUGUAAUUUUUCAGAGAAAUCUUGAAUUUUGGACUUGGGUUUUGAGAAAAAUGGAUACGGAUUGCGGUACUAUGAAUCGACUAGUAAGUGCUUCUCUGUUACACGCUAAGAAUCUCUAAUUCGAUUCUUAUAGUAUUCUCUAACGUUAGAGAAAACAGAGAUAUUCACAAAUUGGUCCACUACUUCACCGGAACAUCUUUCAUAUCAAGAAAUUUUUAUAAUUUUUCGGAGAAAUCUUGAAUUUUGGACUUGGGUUUUGAGAAAAAUGGAUACGGAUUACGGUACUAUGAAUCGACUAAAAUUCUUCAAGAACACUUUGUGUCUGGCCUACCAGAGCUUUGGAAUUGUUUAUGGUGACCUGAGUACAUCCACCAUUUAUGUCUACCACAGCACAUUCACUGGAAGCUUGCGCCCUUACAAAGAAGACCACGAAAUUCUUGGGGUACUUUCUCUGGUUUUCUGGACUUUGACUUUGAUUCCUCUAUGCAAAUACAUUAUACUUGUAUUGGCAGCCAACGACAAUGGUGAAGGUGGAACCUUUGCUUUGUAUUCACUUUUGUGCCGGCACUCAAAGGUGGGGCUUUUGAGCUCUUCCCGUGCUGCAAAUGAGUGUGUGUCUUCUUACAAUUCUGGAACUUCUACCAAGGACACUAGAACUAGCUUACUUAUAAAGGACUUCUUUGCAAAGCAUCAGAGUUCCCGCAUUGUGUUGCUGCUAGUUGUUCUGCUUGGGACUAGCAUGGUUAUCGGUGAUGGAAUCUUGACUCCUACAAUGUCUGUCCUUUCUGCAGUCAAUGGAAUUAAAGUUAAGGUUCCAGAAUUGCAUGAAAAUUAUACUGUGUUCAUUGCCUGCGUUAUCUUGGUGGGUCUUUUUGCUCUUCAGCACUAUGGAACAGACAGAGUAGGCUUCCUUUUCGCUCCAAUCGUGAUAGCUUGGCUCGUAUUCAUUAGUGGUGUAGGCAUUUACAACAUAAUACAUUGGAAUCCUCGUGUGGUCUGUGCUUUGUCACCAUAUUAUGUGUACAAUUUUUUCAAGAAAGCUGGAAAAGAUGGAUGGACUUCCCUUGGAGGUGUUGUUCUUUGUGUCACAGGUGCAGAAGCUAUGUUUGCCGAUCUCGGUCAUUUCUCCCCACUUUCUGUCAGGGUUGCAUUUAUAGGAGUUGUUUACCCUUGCUUAGUUUUGGCAUACAUGGGUGAAGCUGCUUAUCUAUCCAAGAACAAAAUGGAUCUCCAAAGUAGUUUCUACAAGGCCAUCCCGGAGAGUGUAUUUUGGCCAGUUUUCAUUAUCGCAACUCUUGCAACUGCAGUGGGGAGUCAGGCAAUUAUUUCAGCCACUUUCUCAAUUAUUAGUCAGUGCAGGGCACUGAGGUGCUUCCCGCGUGUGAAAAUAGUGCACACAUCAAGCCAAAUCCAUGGACAGAUUUAUAUACCUGAGGUGAAUUGGAUUCUGAUGGUAUCGUGUCUUGCUGUUGUGAUUGGAUUUAGGGACACCCAUCUGAUUGGCAAUGCAUACGGCCUUGCUGUGGUUAUGGUGAUGUUUGUUACGACUUGCUUGAUGUUUCUUAUUAUUACUACAGUUUGGAAGCGAAAUGUCCUUGGCGCGACAAUGUUUGUACUAGUUUUUGGAUCUGUGGAGCUGCUUUACUUCUCUGCUUGCCUUGCCAAAGUACACAGAGGAGGCUGGCUUUCCCUUCUCUUAUCUCUGGUAAUAGUGUCCCUGAUGUUGGCCUGGCAAUAUGGGACAUCAAUGAAACAUGCCUUUGAGCUGCAGAACAAGGUACCCUUAGACAAGCUCCUUUGUCUUGGCCCAAGCCUCGGUAUUAAAAGGGUUCCUGGUAUCGGCCUAAUUUACUCCAAUCUGGCCUCUGGUAUCCCGCCAAUGUUCACCCAUUUUGUAACAAACUUCCCUGCCUUCCAUCGGAUCCUCAUCUUUGUAACCCUCGAGUCAUUGAUGGUCCCCAAAGUUCUUGAUGCUGAUCGUUUCGUUGUUGGGAGGAUUGGCCCCCGAGAAUUCUAUCUGUUUUGGUGUAUAGUAAGGUAUGGAUACAAGGAUGUGAGGGACAGCUACAAUUUUGAAACCCAACUGAUUGAAAAAGUAGCAGACUUUUUGCAAAGAGAGUUGCAUGAUAUAGAACUGGAAAUUAUUAUACAACCAUCAGGACUUCUGACUAAUGCGUCGGGAGAGGAGUCUGGUGCUGGCCGAAGAAGAAAAAUGGGGUCACAAAAGUUGGGACUAAGUGAGGAGGCGAAUGAACUCAUGGAGGCAAAGGAAUCUGGUGUGGCUUACAUUACGGGCAAUACUUAUGUUGUGGCUAUUGAGUCGUCGUCUUUCCUGAAGAAGUUUGCCAUUGAUAUCGUCUAUGGUUUUCUCAGACGCAACUGCAGACGACCAGCAAUUGCUCUUGGGAUUCCUCAUACCUCACUGAUUGAAGUUGGAAUAGCUUAUCAUGUCUAAAGUUUUCGCGCGACAAGCAUAUACUGGUGCCAGAGCAUUCAAGAAUAAGAUUGGAGUGUUUUUGGCCUUAACCAAUGUAGGUUAUGCAGCUGUGAAAUGCGAUUACAUUAUACACAAGGGAGGGGAAGGUAUGGCUUUUUUCGGGUGCUUAUGGCAGAUAGAAGGCAAAAAGAAUGUCCUGAGUUUUUUACUUCAAGUACAAGGGGGUGGAUGUUGAAUGAAAGUUGUAGCAGCAUCACUUCUUUGUCUGCCUAACUGGGAGAAGAAUAGAAAUAGGAAAUAUGAAAGAAAAGAAAACAACACUUUUUAUGUAAUAUAUAUAUAUGUCAUAUGUGUAUUAUAUUGUACCCUCUUUAUUUAUACUAAAUACUAGUAUCACAUAAGGGGUAAUUUCCACUUCAAGUUUCUUUUUC